AGAACCAAAAAAAAAAGUCUAUGGUUAUUGCUAAAUGUCAUUUUGUAUUGAUGCCAACAGCCGAACCCACAUGUCAUUUGACGUAAAUUCCAAAUUGUGAAUAAUUUUAUAAAAUUCAGCUACAAAAUGAAACCCUUAAUGUUGCAAGGGCAUGAACGUGCCAUAACGCAAAUAAAAUAUAACCGGGAAGGAGAUUUACUAUUCUCUGCUGCAAAAGAUUCAAAACCAAACGUAUGGUGGUCAUUGAAUGGAGAGCGACUCGGUACAUUCAAUGGACAUGGUGGAGUCGUCUGGUGUCUUGAUGUGGACUGGCAAACCAUUAACCUUAUUACGGGAGGUGGUGACAGUUCCUGUAGACUUUGGGACCUAGAAACCGGAAAAAACAUUGCUACAAUCAAAACUAAUUCUUCUGUGAGAACCUGCAAUUUUAGCUUCAGUGCAUAUCAAGCGGCUUACACCACAGAUAAAGCUAUGGGACACCCCUGUGAGGUCUUCAUUAUUGACACAAGAACCAUUGAUGACUCCAUAUCCACAGCAGCACCCAUUCUUAAAUGGGAGAUUACAGAUUCUAAAGUUACCUCCAUGAUAUGGGGAACUCUUGAUGAAACCAUCAUUACUGGUCAUGAGGCUGGCGAUCUUAUCCAGUGGGAUUUGAGGACUGGUAAGAAAAUCCACUCCGUUAAGGAACAUGCACGGCAAAUUAAUGAUAUGCAAUUAUCUCGUGAUGGUUCAAUGUUUAUUACUGCUUCCAAAGAUCAAACAGCAAAACUGUUUGAUACAAGUACCUUAGAAUUAUUGAAAGAGUAUAAAACAGAACGUCCAGUUAACUCUGCAGCCCUCAGUCCAAUAUUAGACCAUGUGGUUCUCGGUGGAGGUCAGGAUGCUAUGGAAGUAACCACUACAUCUACAAGACAAGGAAAGUUUGAUGCUAGAUUUUUCCAUCUUGUAUUUGAAGAAGAAUUUGGUCGUGUAAAAGGUCACUUUGGACCUAUUAACAGUUUAGCAUUCCAUCCUGAUGGUAGAAGUUAUGCAUCAGGAGGUGAAGAUGGUUACGUGAGAGUGCAGAGUUUUGACCAAGCAUAUUUUGAUUAUACUUUUGAUUAUAACAGGGAGUAGGAAGCAUAAAUAAGUUUUUUGGAUAAAGAAAUUUAUUUAACAUUUUUAAAUAAUCCAUAUUUGUUAACCUAAGUUACAUGAAAACAAGUGUCAAUAUUCUGAAUAAAGAAAUUUAUAAGA